CUGAAGUUACAGCUGAUGUAAAUCUAGGAUUUCCUAGAUCCUAGGAUUGCCUUAAAGUUAAAAGAAAUGGAUCUUUUGAUUAAAAAACAGGAAUGCGAGGCAGAGAUGAUUAGACUUCGUGUAGGAGAGACGCAAGCUGAUAUCCAAAUACGUAAGCCAAAAAAACAAACAAAACAGCAUCUAACUAAGGGGGAAGUUCUAAAUAACCUAACCAGGUAAAAGUAAAAGAAAUAAACAACAAAAGCUUUCCUCCACUCCCUCACUAACCAUAAAGACAAAGGUAAGUUCAACAAUUAAAUGGCACCCUCCCCCUACAGCUUCCCAUUUAUCAUUAAACAAUCUUAUUCACAAUAGCUUUUUAAUACCAUUAACAAAAAUAAAAGAAUUAAAGUAGACGUCACUAAACAUUUAGGCUAUAGUAUUAUAAAUCUGGUUGGUUUGUAUUGGUGACAUGAUAUGUAAAUGAUAUUGGAAUGGAAUUGUAUACUUUUUUUUAUUAUUCCCACCAGAUGACACUUAUCUGUUUUAAAAAAAUAGGCUUUUUAAUGGCAUUGUCAAUGCCAUUAAAUGUCAUAAUCAAACACUGCAUUAAUUAAAAGAAACAUAAAUAUGUAUAUGUGAUAAAAAUUCAGAAGUGAUUACCAGUACAAGUGCUUUACACACUGACAACAUACAGUAGUUGUACUCUGUUACAGGUAAUUGUGCAAACCAGUUCAACCAGUUUAUGUCAAAACUGAAACUAUUUUAGACAGACUCCAUUUUCUGAACGGAAAAUGAGAAAAUAACAGGAGAGAAAAACUUGGUUUUUGAACAGAUCAUCUUAAUGCUGCUAUCUAUAGAGACAUAAUUCAUGAACUGAAAGAAGUUGUGUUUGAUGUUCCCCAUUUUGAGACAGCACUGCCUGUAAAAUGAGUCUCUGUGAGAAGAAAGAGGAGGAGGAAGAUGUUCACACGGAUAAAGCAGCCUCUCCAGAACCCAGCUGUGUGUCUAUGAAGAGUGACAUGUCUAUGCCUACUCCCCUUGCAUUCAGUGAUGGAGCAGAUAUCUCUGACCCUGAAGUAAAAAGAGAUGAUGUUAUCAUAUCUAUACCCCGUCUGACCUGUGCUGACCCUGACUAUUGGACUUGUAUCAGACAGAGAGUCAAAGACAAACACAAAACCAGCAUGAAGAACCAGUAUGAGAGAUUAUUUGAGGCAGUCAUACUUGAAGAGAAUCAAACCCUCCUCAACAGGAUCUACACACAGCUCUACCUCAUAGAAGGAGAGAGUAAAGUAAAUGAAGAACAUGAGGUUUUACAAAUGGAGAAACCAGCCAGAACACAAGACACUCCAAUCUACUGCAAUGACAUCUUUAAACCCUUACAAGAACCAGGAUAUGAGGAGAAAGACAACAUCAAGACUGUUCUUACUAAAGGCAUAGCUGGAAUUGGAAAAACAGUUUCUGUGCAGAAGUUCAUUCUGGACUGGAGCGAGGGAAAAGCCAAUCAGGAUGUAGAUUUCAUGUUUGUUCUUCCAUUUCGAGAGCUGAACUUGAUUAAAGAUCACCAGUACAGUCUUUACAGACUUCUGCUGGACUUUCAUCCUGAACUUCAAGAUCUGGAGUCAAAGAUUUAUGGGGAGUGUAAAGUUGUGUUUAUCUUUGAUGGUCUGGAUGAAAGCAGAAUUACACUGACGUUUUCAGAUUUUCAGAAGGUUUGUGAUGUGAAUGAGUCUUCAUCAGUGGGUGUGUUAAUGUCAAACCUCAUCAGAGGAGACCUGCUUCCCUCUGCUCUCAUCUGGAUCACCUCCAGACCAGCAGCAGCCAAUCAGAUCCCCUCAAAAUACAUCAACCGUGUGACAGAAAUUCAGGGAUUCAAUGAUCCUCAGAAAGAGGAAUAUUUCAGGAAGAGAAUCAGUGACGAACAUCAAGCCAGCAGAAUCAUCUCUCACAUUAGAAGAUCAAGAAGCCUCCACAUCAUGUGUCACAUCCCCGUCUUCUGCUGGAUCUCAGCCACUGUGCUUCAAAACCUCCUGAAACAAGACGACAGGGCAGAAAUGCCUCAAACUCUGACUGAAAUGUACAUCCACUUCCUGCUGACUCAGAUCAACAUGAGGAAUCAGAAAUAUGAUCAGAGAGGUCCAGAGGAUCUGCUAAAGUCCAAUACAGACAUGAUUGUAAAACUUGCUAAACUUGCUUUCAAUCAGCUGAUGAAGGGCAAUGUGAUGUUUUAUGAGGAGGACCUGAUUGAAAGCGGCAUAGACGUCACUGAUGCCUCAGUGUAUUCUGGGAUUUGUACUGAGAUCUUUAAGGAGGAAUCUGUGAUUCAUCAGAGGAAAAUCUACUGCUUUGUACAUUUGACCUUUCAGGAGUUUCUAGCUGCUUUCUUUGUGUUUUAUUCCCAUGUAGUCAAGAACAAUGAAUUACUGAAAUUGUUUCUGAACGAAAAAUAUCAGUGGUUCAGUUGGAAAUUCUCUCUGCAUAAGAUUCUAAAUGUAGCAGUUGAUAAAUCCUUAAAGAGUAAAAAUGGACACCUGGAUCUUUUUCUGCGCUUUUUGCUGGGCAUCACGCUGAAAUCCAAUCAGAGACUCUUACAGGAUCUUCUGAUACACAAAGUGAACAGCUCAGAGAGCAUCAAGAAAACCACACAAUACAUUAAAGACAAAAUCAAGGGUGUUGAACAUAUCUCUGCUGACAGAUGUAUCAAUCUGUUCCUCUGUCUGUUAGAAAUGAAGGAUCAGACUCUGUACAGAGAGAUUAAGGACUUUGUAAAAUCAGAGAAUCACUCGGUGAAUCAACUUUCUCCGUCUCACUGUUCAACAAUCACCUACAUGCUUCAAAUGUCGGAGGAGGUGCUGGAUGAGUUUGAUCUGAAAAAAUACAAAACAUCAGAUGAAGGUAGAAGGAGACUGAUACCAGCUGUGCUGAACUGCAGAAAAGCUUUACUUGCCUACUGUAAUCUCACAAGUCUCCGCUGUGAAAGUUUGUCUUCAUCCCUAAAAUCAUCAAACUCACUGAGAGAGCUGGACCUGAGUCACAAUGACCUGCGGGAUUCAGGAGUGAAGCUGCUCUCUGAAGGACUGAAGAGUUCACAAUGUCAACUCAACGUACUAAAAUUAUCUGGCUGUAUGGUGACGGAGGAAGGCUGUUGUUUUCUGGCUUCAGCUCUGAGUUCAAACCCCUCACACCUGAGAGAGCUGGAUCUGAGCUACAAUCAUCCAGGACCAUCAUUAGUCAAGCUGCUCUCUGAUCCAAACUACAGACUGGAAAAACUCAAUGUCGAUCAUGGAGGACAGUUCAGGAUUACAGCAGGACUGGAAAAAUAUGCAUUUGAUCUCACACUGGAUUUAAACACAGCAAACACUCAUCUCAUCAUGUCUCAGAGGAACAAAAAGGUGACAUUUGUGAAAAGGAAGCAGCUGUAUCGUGAUCAUCCAGACAGAUUUGAAAAGUAUCCUCAGGUUCUGUGUAGAGAGAGCCUGACUGGAUGUUGCUACUGGGAAACCGACUAUAAGGGGAAGAUUGAUGUGUCAGUGACAUAUAUAGGAAUCAGCAGGAAAAGAUGGAGUAAUGACGCUUGGUUUGGAUGCAAUGAAAAGUCCUGGAGCCUGACCUGUUUUAAUAACAGUUUCACCGCCAGACAUAAUAAUACAAGCACAGUCAUAUCUGCCCCUUUAAGUCACUCUAACAGAGUAGGAGUGUAUCUGGACUGGUCGGCCGGCCAUCUGUCCUUCUAUAGUGUUUCUAAUCCACGGAUACACAAGCACUUGCACACAUUCAACACUACAUUUACUGAACCCCUCUAUGCUGGAUUUGAGGUUUAUUCUGAUAGUUUUGUGUCUCUCUGUAGGAUGAAAUGUCCUGUCAGUAACAACUGAGUGAAAGAAACGCAGCCACUUACAUGAGUGUCUGAGCUGGGUGCUGGGCUUUACAAAGACUAAAUGUGAGAGAUUGAUUUCUGUCAGGGAUAUGUAAUGAGGGUUUCUUAUUCUGACCUAAAGCUGCCCAAUUCAAAUAUUUUUAUUUUAUAUUUUUAUCCAAAAAUGACAACUUGUCUUAUACUGUAUGAAUAUUAUAUGAAUUCUCUGUGUGCACUUUCCUUUCAUGUACAUUGUGUUCUUUUUAUGUAUAUUAUAUAUGUAUAUAAUGUUUAUUUUUAUGCAAAUUUUGUUGUUUGUAUGUACCUGUUCUCAACUUCAUAUGAGCAUCAAAACUGAUCAAUCAUUCUAAUUAUAUUUAAAUCACAGUCAAACUGAAGAUGUGGAUCAAACUCAUGUCGCUCAACUCUCAGAUAAUAAUAGAUAUUUUUAGUCUA